ACAAUCCUCUCCUCCCUCCUCCUCCUCCUCCUCCUCUCCACACUCCAACCUUCCCUCGCCACCACCAGAAAGCUCACCGCCUUGGUCCAGGAGCAGCCCCUCCUCCUCAAAUACCACAACGGCCCCCUCCUCAAGGGCAACACCACCGUCAAUCUCAUCUGGUACGGCGCCUUCUCCGCCUCCCAGCACGCCGUCGUUGUCGACUUCCUCCGCUCCCUCACCUCUUCCUCCAAAUCGUCCUCCUCCUCCCCGUCCGUCGCCUCCUGGUGGCUCACCACCGCCAGGUACCGCGGCGGCCCCUGCAACCUCCUCGUCGGCCGCCAGCUCGUCGACGACAAGUGCUCCCUCGGGAAGCGCCUCUCCAGCGCGCAACUCGCGGCGCUCGCGUCGCGAGCGGGACACGGGAAAAAUCAAAUCAACGUGGUCCUCACCUCCGCUGACGUGGCGGUCGACGGUUUCUGCAGCCGCUGCGGGACCCACGGCUCGGGCAGCGCCAAGUCAGGAGGAAAAUUCGCGUACGCGUGGGUUGGGAACGCGGUGAGCCAGUGCCCUGGCCAGUGCGCGUGGCCGUUCCACCAGCCGAACCAUAUCUCCUUCGUUGUUGGUCCGGCGGUCCUGCAAUCAAUUUUCCUCCGGCGAGAAGUAAAUAUCCAAUUAAUGGCCUCAUUGGUCCGUUUAUUUGGGUUUUAA